AUGAAGAGGAAGAACACUCUCCCUGUGACCCUCCGUGAUGAUUUGACCAUAGAGAUUCUUUUGAGGUUGCCAGUAAGAUGUUUAUUGCGUUUCAAAUGUGUGUGUAAGUCAUGGUUUUCUCUCAUAUCUAAUCCUGAAUUCGCCAAAUCCCAUUUUGAUGUAGCUGCGGCACCCACCCACCAACUUCUUCAGAGAUGCCAUGACUUUUAUAAAGCUAAGUCCAUAGAGAUAGAGGCACUACUACUUAACAGUGAUUCUGCGCAAGUAUACUUCAACAUUCCACACCCACACAAAUAUGGAUGCCGGUUUAAUAUUCUUGGUUCUUGCAGAGGAUUUAUACUCUUAACUAACUAUUAUCGGAAUGAUUUAUUCAUAUGGAAUCCGUCAACGGGUCUCCAUAGACGAAUUAUUUUGUCAAUAUCAAUGUCACAUAAUUAUCUAUGUGGCAUUGGGUACGACUCAUCAACCGAUGACUACAUGGUGGUGAUUGGACGGUUGGGCAAGGAGUUUCAUUAUUUUUCUUUGAGAACUAAUUCAUGGAGUAGCAGCGAGUGUACUGUCCCGUAUCUUCUCAAGCAUGGAUCUGGAUUCAGGAAUGAAGGGUUGUUUUUGAAUGGGGCUCUUCAUUGGUUGGUUGAAUCCUAUGAUAAUCUCCGCAUAAUUAUUGCGUUUGACGUGAUGGAAAGAAGAUAUUCAGUGGUUCCACUGCCAGAUAAUUUAGCUGUUGUAUUGGAAUCUAAAACAUAUCAUUUGAAGGUGGUGUGUGGAUGUUUGUGUCUGUAUUUCAUGGGUUACAGUCUGAAAUGUGGGUGA